AUGGCCUCGAACAAGUGGACGAAGAAGGAGCUUGACCUUCUCAAGUCCGUCCAACCGAGCCUCACGACGUGGAAGGCGGCGGCUGCCGCUUUUCCUGGCCAUGGCCCCGAAGAUUGCCGCCAAAAAUGGCUCUCGGAGUAUAGCAUUCCGUCCAAGAACAGGGGCCUGUGGUCGGCAGACGAAGACGACCGGCUCCGUUAUGCCAUGCGCGAGACGACCAAGUGGCUCAAGGUGGCUGAAAUCGUCAAGACCCGCUGUUACCGCCAGUGUCAGAGCCGCUGGGCUCGCUUGGGCAAGGAAGACGGCAAACCCAGCGCCACGGCGCCGGCGACGACCGAGCUGCCCAUGGACCUUUUCGACUUUGAGGACUGCGACCUUUCGACCAUGCUGCACAUGACGCCGUCGACGGAGGCAGAAAACGUGGAGCAGCACUGGAACAACUGGAUGCAACUGCCGGUGUCCGACUGUUCCGAUACCUUGGCGCUGGACUUUGCGAUGGACCGAGCCAUGGUGCUUGCGCCGGUCACGAUGGAGCUGGCGCAACUUUGGCCGCUUUCGCCCGAGUUUGUGGAGUUCCAAGCGCCACCGAGCUCUGCGGACAUUGCCACGAACGUUGCCUUUUGGCCCGACAUGGGCGUCUCGGUCCAAGUCUGA